GGCAAGGAUUUGAAUUGGGUAUCAAGUCUUUCCUGUCUGAGGUACCUAAAUUUGGGAGGUAAUGACUUGAGCAAGGUCUCAUCUCAUUGGCUUCAAACUGUUAAUUUGCUUCCUUCCCUUGUAGAACUACACUUGCCUCAAUGUCAGCUUCUCAACCUCCCGCUAUCUCUUCCAUCCACAAAUUUCACAUCUCUCUCAGUACUUGAACUUUCCAACAAUGGCUUCAACUCCUAUGCUAUACCCUAUUGGUUGUUCAAUCUUAGUGCCCUCGAAAAUCUUGAUCUAUCAGAGAAUUCCUUGGGAGGCCAGUUGCCAGCAAGUGUAGGAAAGCUUUGCAAUUUACAUAUAUUAAAGCUUUCUUUAAACAAUUUUAGUGGUGAGGUAACUGAAUUCAUCAAUGCUUUAUCAGGAUGCACUAAUAGUAGGUUAAAGACGUUGGACUUGGGAUACAACACAUUUAGAGGUUCAAUUCCUAACUCCAUAGGAAAUUUAUCUUCUUUGGAGUCCUUGUACCUCUCUUCUAAUCAAAUGAGUGGUAGCAUCCCGGACAAUCUUGGGCAGCUCUCUUCAAUGAUAGUGUUAGACCUCUCUGAGAAUCCAUGGCAAGGUGUCAUAACUGAAACCCAUUUGGCAAAUCUCUCAAAAUCAUGCCAAUUAGGUCCCAAAUUCCCCACGUGGCUUCAAGAUCAAAAUGAGUUGAAAACUGUGGUACUAAACAAUGUAAGAAUUUCAGGCCCCUUACCUGAUUGGCUAUUGAAGCUGGAUGUGCUUGUUGAUGAAUUAGAUGUCGCUCACAAUAACUUAAGCGGACAGGUGCCAAACUCACUGCGCUUCAGUUACCAAUCUACUGUUGAUCUUAGUUCAAACCGCUUGGAGGGCCCUCUUCCACUUUGGUCUUCCAAUGUAAGUGCACUUCAUCUGGGGGGCAACUUGUUCUCUGGGCCAAUUCCUCCUGACAUUGGUGAGGCAAUGUCAAUAUUGAUAGACUUAGAUAUCUCCCGAAACUAUCUAAAUGGUAGCAUUCCCUUGUCAAUAGGCAAUCUGACAGCCUUGAACAACCUAGCCAUCUCAAAUAAUCGACUAUCUGGAGUAAUUCCAAACAUUUGGAAUAGCAUGCCAUCUCUGUACUUCAUUGAUCUGUCAAACAACAGUUUAUCCGGUAAGAUCCCAAGCUCAAUAGGCUCCCAAGGUUGUUAUCUCGUAUUUCUAUUUCUGGGUAAGAAUAAUCUUUCAGGGCAGGUCCCAUCCAGCUUGCAGAAAUGCACACAUAUGGAAACUCUUGACAUUGGUGACAAUAAACUCUCUGGAAAUCUUCCAUCUUGGAUCGGAGAAACCAUGCUAUCUUUAUUGAUUCUUCGCGUGAGAAACAAUUCCUUUACAGGACACAUUCCUGGGCAAUUAUGUCGCCUCUCCAAUCUUCACAUAUUGGAUCUUUCACACAACAAGCUCACAGGGACAAUCCCAACUUGUUUAGGGAAUUUGAGUCGCUUGAAAAUUGAGCUUGAGUUGGAUUCUGAGCGAUAUGAAGGGAGCUUGCAGGUGGCCACCAAGGGUAGAAUAAUGGAGUACACAGAAACCACCCUUUACCUUGUGAAUAGUCUUGAUCUCUCCAGCAAUAACUUAUCCGGUGGCAUUCCGCAAGAACUGACCAUGCUUUCCAAGUUGGGCACCUUGAUCUUGUCCAGGAAUCAGUUGACAGGAAAGAUCCCGGAAAUGAUUGGGAACUUGAAAGAUUUAGAAACCCUCGAUCUUUCCCACAACAAACUUGUGGGUGAAAUCCCAACAAGCAUGGUUUCUUUGACCUUUCUAAGUCACUUGAACUUAUCGUUUAACAAUUUAUCUGGUAAAAUACCCACAAACAAUCAGUUUCAGACGUUCGAUGAUCCAUCCAUUUAUGGGGGUAAUCUUGCGCUUUGUGGGACUCCAUUGGCAACCAAAUGUAGUGGCAGUGGUAAUGGCAAUGGCGAGGCACCUUCUGGUGGGGGCAAAGAUGAUGAAGACGUUAAAGGUCGGUUGGAGAAGCUAUGGUUCUACUUGACUGUCACAGUAGGAUUCUUCAUGGGAUUUUGGGGAGUCUGUGGCAGUUUGAUGAUUAAGAAACGGUGGAGACUUGCAUAUUUUUGUUUUCUCGAGAAAAUAAUAGAUGAAACCACUAUAUUAAUCUUUAAAACCACUAAUCGUUUGAAGAGGAUGUUUAAGAGGCUUUCUGGUCAAGUCCCUUCCAACUUGCAAAAUUGCACAAGACUGGGUACUCUUGACGUUAGUGACAAUCAACUCUCUGGAAAUCUUCCAUCUUGGACCGGAGAAGCCAUGCCAACUUUAUCGAUUUUCCGUGCGAGGAACAAUUCCUUUACAGGGCACAUUCCUUGGCAAUUAUGUGGCCACUCUUAUCUUCAAAUAUUGGACCUUUCAAACAACAAGCUUACUGGGAUAAUCCCAACUUGUUUAGGGGAUUUGGUGGGCAGAAACGCAUUCAGGGCUUUCUCCAGCGAUGAUGAGACUACCUCUGUUGCUAUUAGCAUAUUCGAGCAUAACUCCCUCCUUAGGGAGAGUCAGAGGGUGACUGUUUCCAAGGAUGCUCUUGCCUUGGGUGCCGAUGGGAAUGAAAAAGAGAUGCUGUCAAUUACCCUUUUUCAUUCUCUUGUGUGCACUUGUGCUUCUUCAAGCCUUGAAACUUGGCUUCUGCUACGAGAGUUCCAAGGCGGUGGCGGGUUGCAUAGAAGCUGA